AUGGAGGUUGUUCACCACCAGCCCGCCACUGCGCGGGUCGAGACGAGCGACGAUGGCCUCGUCUGCCUCGAGCUCGAAGAUGGCUCGACCUUCCAGGGUUACAGCUUCGGUGCUCAGAAGUCCGUUGCUGGAGAGCUAGUUUUCCAGACCGGUAUGGUGGGAUAUCCGGAGUCUGUGACGGACCCCUCCUACCGCGGCCAGCUUCUGGUCAUCACCUUCCCUCUUGUGGGAAACUACGGUGUGCCCUCUAGAGAAGCUGUUGACAAGCUCCUCGAGGAUCUCCCCGAGCACUUCGAGUCCAACCAGAUUCACAUUGCCGGUCUCGUGGUCGCAUCAUACGCCGGUGAGACCUACUCACACCAUCUUGCCACCUCGUCCUUGGGCGCCUGGCUCAAGGAACAAGGCGUUCCCGCCAUCUACGGAGUCGACACACGAGCCCUGACGAAGCGGAUACGAGUCGAGGGAAGCAUGCUUGGCCGCAUGCUUCUGCAAAAGAACAGUGCUCCCAACGGAGUCAAUGGCACUGCAAGCCAUUCCCAGAAGUUUUCCCGGGAUGACUUUGAGACAAUUGAAUGGGUCAACCCCAACGAGAAGAACCUGGUUGCUGAGGUUUCCAUCAAGGCCCCCAAGCUCUACAAGCCGAGCCCUGAGACGGCUUUGAAGCACCCCUCGGGCCGCACCCUGCGCGUCCUCUGCCUUGAUGUUGGUAUGAAGUACAACCAGCUUCGAUGCUUCCUCAAGAGAGGUGUCGAGGUCAUGGUCUGCCCCUGGGACUAUGAUUUCUCCACUGAGGCUGGAAAGGCCUAUGAUGGUCUGUUCAUCUCCAACGGACCCGGUGACCCUGCAGUCAUGAAGGACACCGUCAAGCAUAUCUCUGCCACCAUGGAGAGAAACCAGACCCCUGUCUUCGGUAUCUGUCUUGGUCACCAGCUGCUCGCCAGAGCGGCCGGAGCUGACACUCUGAAGCUCAAGUUCGGUAACCGUGGUCACAACAUUCCUUGCACCAGCAUGGUCACUGGAAAGUGUCACAUCACUUCUCAGAACCACGGAUAUGCUGUGGACGCUGCAACCCUGCCUUCGGGCUGGAAGGAGCUCUUUGUCAACGCCAACGACGGCAGCAACGAAGGUAUCAUGCACGAGAGCAAGCCAUACUUCAGCGUGCAGUUCCACCCGGAGAGCACACCUGGUCCUCGUGAUACUGAGUUCCUGUUUGAUGUCUUCAUCCAGACCAUUGUCGAUUGUGCCAAGGACUCCAAGCUCCUGAAUGCCCCAGUCCAGUUCCCCGGUGGCACCGCCGAGGAGAAUGACCGGGCCCACCCCAAAGUUCACGUCAAGAAGAUCUUGGUCCUUGGCAGUGGAGGUCUGAGCAUCGGUCAGGCUGGAGAGUUCGAUUACUCCGGUAGUCAAGCUAUCAAGGCAUUGAAGGAGGAAGGGAUCUAUACCGUCCUCAUCAACCCCAACAUUGCUACCAUCCAGACCUCCAAGGGUCUUGCCGAUAAGGUCUACUUCCUCCCAGUGACCGCCGACUUUGUUCGCAAGGUCAUCAAGUACGAGCACCCUGAUGCCAUCUACGUCACCUUUGGUGGCCAGACCGCUCUCCAGGUCGGUAUUCAGCUCAAGGAUGAGUUUGAGGAGCUCGGUGUCAAGGUUCUCGGAACCCCCAUUGACACCAUCAUUACCACAGAGGACCGAGAGCUCUUUGCCCGCAGCAUGGAAUCCAUUGGCGAGAAGUGCGCCAAGUCCGCUUCUGCCUGCAACAUUGACGAGGCCAUGCACGUCGUCAAGGACAUUGGCUUCCCCGUCAUUGUGCGAGCUGCCUAUGCGCUUGGUGGUCUCGGGAGUGGUUUUGCCAACAACGAGGCCGAAUUGCUCGACCUUUGCAACAAGGCCUUCGCUGCCAGUCCUCAAGUCCUCAUUGAGCGCAGUAUGAAGGGCUGGAAGGAGAUCGAGUACGAAGUGGUGCGUGAUGCUCAGGAUAACUGUAUCACGGUUUGUAACAUGGAGAACUUCGAUCCCCUCGGUAUUCACACCGGUGACUCCAUUGUCGUCGCUCCUUCGCAAACUCUGUCUGACGAGGACUACAACAUGCUCCGUACCACUGCCGUCAAUGUCAUUCGCCACCUUGGUGUUGUGGGAGAGUGUAACAUCCAGUACGCCUUGAACCCUGACUCCAAGGAGUACUGCAUCAUCGAGGUCAAUGCCAGAUUGUCCCGAUCUUCCGCAUUGGCUUCCAAGGCCACGGGUUACCCCCUUGCUUUCAUUGCUGCCAAGCUUGGUCUUAACAUUCCCCUCAAGGAUAUCAAGAACUCGGUCACCAAGAGCACUUGCGCAUGCUUCGAGCCUUCCCUCGAUUAUGUCGUGGUCAAGAUGCCCCGCUGGGAUUUGAAGAAGUUUACUCGUGUAUCCACUCAGCUCGGCUCUUCCAUGAAGAGUGUGGGUGAGGUCAUGAGUAUUGGUAGAAGCUUCGAAGAAGCUAUCCAAAAGGCCAUUCGCUCGGUCAACUUCAGCAACCUUGGCUUUAGCGAGACCAAGGCUCUCAUGUCCAUUGACGAUGAGCUGCAGACUCCUUCCGACCAGCGUCUUUUCGCCAUUGCCAAUGCCAUGGCUCAGGGAUACUCUGUUGACAAGAUCUGGGAGUUGACCAAGAUUGACAAGUGGUUCUUGCACAGGCUCAAGGGCCUCAACGACUUCGCCUCAUCUCUGACCCAGUACAAGGUGGAGGAUGUUGCCAACCGCCCAGACGUCCUUCGUCGUGCCAAGCAACUAGGUUUCAGUGAUCAGCAGAUCGCCAAGUACAUGUCUUCAACAGAACUCGAAGUCCGUGAGCUGAGAUUGGAAGCUGGUAUCACGCCAUUCGUCAAGCAAAUUGAUACUGUGGCAGCUGAGUUCCCUGCCUUUACCAACUACCUCUACAUGACCUACAAUGCGUCAGAGCACGAUCUCGACUUCAACGACCAUGGUGUCAUGGUUCUCGGCUCCGGUGUCUACCGUAUUGGUUCAUCAGUCGAGUUCGAUUGGUGCUCUGUCCGCGGCAUUCGAACAUUGAGAAACGAGGGAUUCAAAACGAUCAUGGUGAACUACAACCCAGAAACUGUUUCCACCGAUUACGACGAGGCAGACCGUCUGUACUUCGAGAACAUCAGCUUGGAGACCAUUCUUGAUAUCUAUCAGCUUGAGGGCUCUACAGGUGUUCUGGGUGCAUUUGGUGGCCAGACCCCUAACAACAUUGCCUUGCCCCUUCACCAUGCUGGUGUCAAGAUGCUCGGAACAUCCCCGGAGAUGAUCGAUAAUGCGGAGAACAGAUUCAAGUUCUCGCGUACCCUUGACAGAAUUGAUGUUGAUCAGCCAGCCUGGAAGGUCCUCACGAGCUUCGAUGAUGCCAAGGCAUUCUGUAACAAGGUCUCUUACCCAGUGCUGGUCCGUCCGUCGUACGUCUUGUCGGGUGCGGCCAUGAACACUGUUUACUCGGAGGCAGACUUGGAGUCUUUCCUCGACCAGGCUGUCGAGGUUUCCCCAGCUCACCCUGUCGUCAUUACCAAGUACAUUGAGAACGCCAAGGAGAUCGAAAUGGACGCCGUCGCUAAGAAUGGCAAGGUGAUUGGCCACUUCAUCUCUGAGCACGUGGAGAACGCUGGUGUCCACUCUGGUGAUGCCACCCUCAUCCUGCCUCCUCAGGAUCUUGAGCGCACCACGAUCGAGCGUAUCGAGGAUGCCACCAGGAAGAUUGGUGCUGCCCUGAAUGUUACUGGUCCUUUCAACAUUCAGUUCAUUGCCAAGGAUAACGAUAUCAAGGUUAUCGAGUGUAACGUCAGAGCAUCUCGCUCCUUCCCCUUUGUCAGCAAGGUUUCAGGCACUGAUCUGAUCGAGUUGGCAACGAAGGCAAUCAUGGACGUGCCUUUUACUGCUUAUCCUCCGAACACCAUUGCCCCAGACUGUGUCGGUGUCAAGGUGCCCCAGUUCAGUUUCUCUCGUCUUUCGGGAGCUGACCCAGUCCUGGGUGUCGAGAUGGCCUCAACAGGAGAGGUCGCUUGCUUCGGCAAGGACAAGUACGAGGCUUAUCUCAAGGCCUUGAUCUCCACUGGUUUCAAGAUCCCCAAGGCCAAUGUCCUUCUGUCCAUGGGUUCUUAUGCAGACAAGAAGGAGAUGUUGCCCUCUGUUGCGAAGCUGCAAAAGCUUGGCUACAAGCUGUUCUCCACCGCGGGAACUGCCGAUUUCCUGCAGGAGAAUGGUAUCCCUGUGCAGUAUCUCGAGGUUCUGGGCAAGGAUGAGGAUGACCAGAGAUCUGAGUACUCUCUCACACAACAUCUUGCCAACAACAAGAUCGAUCUCUACAUCAACCUUCCUUCAAACAACAAGUACAGACGUCCUGCCAACUACAUGAGCAAGGGUUACCAGACCAGACGAAUGGCUGUUGACUACCAAAUCCCCCUGGUUACCAACGUUAAGAACGCCAAGAUCCUUAUCGAGGCCAUCGCCAGACAGUUUGAUCUCGAGGUCCAGAACCGCGAUUACCAGACGAGCCACAAAACCAUCGUUCUGCCCGGUCUGAUCAACAUUGCCGCCUUUGUCCCUGGAAUCGUCUCUCAGGACAGCCGUGAUUUGCAGGCUGUUACCAAGGCUUCCGUUGCUGCCGGCUUCACCAUGGUCCGCUUGAUGCCUCUUGGUGUUGAGGGAUCCAUCACGGAUGCCAAGACCCUGAAGGUGGCACAACUCAAUGGCAAGUCUGGUGGCUUCUGUGACUACAACUUCUCGGUCUCAGCCACAUCUGACAAUGCUGAUCAGAUCAGCCAAGUCACUAGCGAAGUUGGGUCGUUGUUCAUUCCCUUUAACCAUCUCUCGGACAACAUCAACAAGGUUGCCGCGGUCAUGGCCCACUUCGACUCGUGGCCCACCCACAAGCCCAUCUUGACAGACGCAAAGACGACCGAUCUUGCCUCCAUCCUGCUGCUUGCCAGCCUUCACAGCAGACGCAUCCACGUCAGCAGUGUUACCACCAAGGAGGAUAUCAGACUGAUUUCGCUCAGCAAGGCCAAGGGCUUGAACGUCACAUGUGAUGUGUCCAUCUACUCGCUCUACCUUUCGCAGCAAGAGUAUCCUGAGUGCCAGGCACUGCCUACUGUUGCCGACCAGGAGGCCCUCUGGGACCACCUGAGCGCCAUUGACGUCUUCUCCAUUGGAAGUCUACCCUACCAGGUCGCGCAAUGCGGAAAGAUCGAAGCAGACCCCCUUAUUGGCAUUGCCGAUGCCCUGCCAUUGCUCCUGACUUCCGUUACUGAGGGCAAGUUGACCAUUGACGACAUCAAGGCUCGUCUGUAUGACAACCCCAAGGAGAUCUUUGAGCUUCAUGAGCAGGUCUCUACUUCCAUCGAAGUCGAGAUUGAUCGUCCUUACACCAUCGGUACUGGUUCUACCUGGACUCCUUUCGCUGGCAAGACCAUGCAGGGAGCAGUUCGGCGCGUCACCUUCAAUGGCAAGACCGUCUGCCUCGAUGGCGAUGUCCUCCCCAUUCAGCCUCUGGGACAAGACAUGUCCUCCCACGGUAGCAUGCCGGCACCCAUGUCGCCACCCAUCAAGCCUACCACGCAGCCUCUUGGCUUCGACAGCCCACGGGUGAGACGUCAAUCUGUCCUUGGCCAGCGCCCUGCAUUCCAGCCUCGUGCUUUGGACGGUGUCUUGGACGGCGAGCGAAGAUUGACCUCGCCGGGCGGAGAAGACUUUGGUCUAGCCCCGGCUCUGCGGCCAUCAUUCGAUUCUCUCCGUGAGCUGCUGAGACAGCCAAACGCUUUCAAGAACUCCCACGUUCUGUCCGUCAAGCAGUAUACACGUGCCGAUCUGCACCUUCUCUUCACAGUCGCUCAGGAGAUGCGUGUCGGUGUUCAGAGAGAAGGUGUCCUCGACACUUUGAAGGGACGGGUCUUGAUGACCAUGUUCUACGAGCCAUCGACUCGUACUUCGGCAUCCUUCGAUGCUGCCAUGCAACGCCUGGGUGGUCGAACCAUAGCCAUCACUACGUCGCACUCUUCUGUCAAGAAGGGAGAGACACUCCAGGAUACUCUGAGAACUCUUGAGUGCUACGGUGACGCUGUCGUCCUCCGUCACCCAGAGGAAACCUCGGUCGAUGUUGCCAAGAAGUUCGCCCACGUGCCGGUCAUCAACGGCGGAAACGGUAGCAAGGAGCACCCCACCCAGGCCUUCCUUGACCUGUUCACCAUCCGUGAAGAGCUCGGUACCGUGCAGGGCCUGACCAUCACCUUUGUUGGUGACCUGUUGUACGGCCGCACUGUACACUCUUUGGUGUACUUGCUCCGCCACUACCAGGCCAGAGUGCAGCUAGUAUCGCCAAAGUCUCUCAAGCUGCCUGCCAAGGUUCGCGAGCAGCUCGUUGCUUCUGGUCAGCUUCUGUGCGAGUCCGAGGAGUUGACAAAGGAGAUUCUGGCAAGAAGUGAUGUUCUGUACUGCACUAGAGUGCAGAAGGAGAGAUUCCCCAGCCUGGAGGAGUACGAGGCUGUGAAGGAUUCGUACCGUAUUGAUAAUGCAACCCUGAAGCAUGCAAAGAGCACAACGGCCGUGCUCCAUCCUCUCCCCAGGAACGAGGAGAUUGCGGAGGAGGUUGACUUUGACUCCAGGGCUGCGUACUUCAGACAGAUGAGAUACGGUCUAUACUGCCGCAUGGCUCUGCUGGCUCUCGUCAUGUCCCACUAG